AUGUUAUAUCAGAGACUUGAGCAUCCAUGGAUUUUGGCAUUUCCCGGGACCCUAGAACUAAUCCUCCAUGGAUACCAAGGGAUGACAAGUAAUUCACCAGGCGGAGAGCUGAGGAGAGCACCCUGUUAUGUUCCCUUAGCCCUGGCCUCGCUGAUCGAGAAGUGUGCCAAAGACAACAAGGACUGCAGCUCCUACGGCAGCUUCAGCGACGCAGUGCUGGAACUCUUCAAGCUCACCAUAGGCCUGGGUGACCUGAACAUCCAGCAGAACUCCAAGUAUCCCAUUCUCUUUCUGUUCCUGCUCAUCACCUACGUCAUCCUCACCUUCGUUCUGCUCCUCAACAUGCUCAUUGCUCUAAUGGGCGAGACUGUGGAGAACGUCUCCAAGGAGAGUGAGCGUAUCUGGCGCCUGCAGAGAGCCAGGACCAUCUUGGAGUUUGAGAAAAUGUUACCAGAAUGGCUGAGGAGCAGAUUCCGGAUGGGAGAGCUGUGCAAAGUGGCCGAGGGAGAUUUCCGACUGUGUUUGCGGAUCAAUGAAGUGAAGUGGACUGAAUGGAAGACGCACGUCUCCUUCCUUAACGAAGACCCGGGGCCUGUAAGACGAACAGAUUUCAACAAAAUCCAAGAUUCUUCCAGGAACAACAGCAAAACCACUCUCAAUGCAUUUGAAGAAAUAGAGGAGUUCCCAGAAACGUCGGUGUAGAAGCGGAACCCGGAGCUGGUGUGCGCGUGCGCUGUCUGGCGCUGCAGGCGGAGUCACCGACUCUGUGCAGAGAGGAUUCCAGGGAUGAUGGAGUCCCGCUGUGCUGGCCUAGAAGCAGAGUGCACCCUCAUGCUCAGUGCUCAGUGGGUGUCUGAACUGAGGGGCAGUUGUCAGUUUGUCUGAGUGGGAAACAUCCUGGAUUUUGUUACUUGGCAAAGAGUUGGUGUAAACCUACAGCCCGCAGCAGUCUGGAGCCUGGGAGCCUCCUGAAGUCCUGGGUGAAGCCUCUGGUUUUACCAAUUGCAGGUUGAGACUGAGCUAAAGUUAAUCUGUGGCGACGUUCUGGAUGUACUGGACAAACACCUCAUUCCAGCAGCUACCACUGGCAAGUCCAAGGUUUUCUAUUACGAAAUAUAGGUUCUAUACUAACAAUUAACAAGUGUACUUCAAUACAUUUAAACAUUCUCAGGAAUAAUUGGCUUUGUUUCUUUUUUUUCUUAGGCAUUUAAUAUUAUUUUCCUUAUUAAAUGUAACCAAAAAUCCCACAGAAAUUAACAAGAGGAGGAGCCUCUAAAUAUCAACAAAAUUAUCACUUGAUAGACUAGAAUUAAACAAGCAAAUGAUUCUAAGAAAUGGCACAAGUGUAUUCAUCAUAAAAUAAAAUUUCUACAUGAAACAUUUAGCCAUUCCAGACCA